AUGUCGGACACAACGCUGAGCAACGUGUUCUGGGGCCACAGCGCCGGUGUAUUGGUGCUCUCCGCCUCUGGCUUGCUCUGGCGUAGUCGUACGACCGAGAGUCAGAAGAAACUGCUGAAAGAUGACAUUGUGACGCUGCUGUGGACGCCUGUGGGGCCCAAGACUCACCAUCUCAAGGUCUACCAGAAGGGCGGCAAGUACGUGCGUUUCACAGGCCUUAAGGCACAGGACGUGGCGCAACUGAAGAGCCACGUGGAGAUCCACUUUGACCGCGAGUUGGAGCAGGAGAAGGUGGCCGCAGGAGGUGGCAACUGGGGCGACAUGAAGUUCGAGGGCCCCAACCUCAAUUUCCGCACAGCCAACGCCAGUGUCAUGGAAUUGCCACUAGAACAGAUUUCUCAGUGCGCUUUGCCCGGUAAGAACGAGGUGGAGCUGCAGUUUCACGAGGACGACACAGUGGCAGGGGAUGAGGAGACACUCGUCGAGAUGAGACUGUACCUGCCUCCUGGUGACGGGGAGGAGGAGGUUGUCACAGCCGAGGAGUUCCGUCAGGAGGUGCUGGAGAAGGCUAACAUCCGCAGUGUCAUGGGGAAGAGUAUCGUGGAUCUGGACGAGACGAUCGGCACUUUCCUCACCCCUCGUGGUCGCUAUGGCGUCGAGAUCUAUGGCUCGUUCCUGCGUAUGCACGGUAAGACGUUCGACUACAAGAUCAUGUACUCCAACAUCAAUCGCUGCUUCCUACUGGAACUGCCCAAUGGCAUCAACACGGCCUUCGUCAUCAGCCUUGAAGAGCCCAUUCGACAGGGUAAACAGGGUUAUCCUCAUUUGGUGCUGCAACUGAGCAAGAACGACGUGCACAUUGACGUCAACAUGUCGUCUGAGGAGAUCAAAAAGUACAAUGGCAACAUCCACGAACGGAUGUCCGGCGCGUUGCCUCAGAUUGUCGCGACUUUGUUCAAGUUCAUCAUCGGCAAGAAGGUCUACACCUCGGGCAAAUUUAAGACCCACAGUGGCGAACGUGCUGUCAAAUGUGCCGUCAAAGCUCAGAGUGGCGUGUUGUUCCCAUUGGAGAAGUCGUUCAUGUUCAUCCACAAACCCACGACCUUUAUUCGCUACGAGGAGAUUGACUACAUCGAGUUUCAGAGGUAUGCAGGGCAGAGCGGAUCCUCGGCGAGUCGAAACUUCGACCUGCUCGUAAGCUGCAAGUCUGUGGGCGGAGAGGCAGCGCGCGAAUACAUUUUCUCUGCCAUCGACCGACGCGAAUUCCCAGAGUUGAGUCAGUUCCUGACGUCCAAGAAGCUGCGCAUCCGCAACCUGAAGGAGAGUCAUGCUGCUAGUGCCCAGUCGGGCUCGAAGAAACGCGACUUCAACGAGUAUUUAGAGGAGUUGGGGCCCGAGGAAGGAGAGAUCGAAGACGACGAGGACGAAGAAGACUCGGACUUUGGCCCUGGCGACGCCUCUGGCAGCGAAUCCAGCGACUUUAGUGACGAGGAGCUCAGUGGCAAGGACUCGGACGUGGAGGACGAGGAGGGCGAGAAGGCUUCUAAGAAGGACAAGAAGAAGAAGAAGAAGAAGAAAUCGCACAAGAAACACAAGUCCAUUGAUGAAGAGUAA